UCCUUGGACUGAACUCUAAAAUCUCUUCACUCCAUUUCCUGCCGAGGUCCAGAAAUGCAACUUUUUCUAUAGACUGUGGAAUUUUUGUGGAGGACCUACUCUGUACCACACAGUUGGUAAAAGACCUCUAGGUGUGAAUUACAGCAGGAGCACAAUAAGGUCUCUGCUAUCAAUUGAAGUCUGAAGCCAUGUUGGUCACCAGUCUGGUGGCUCUGGCCCUGCUGGCCCACACAGCGUCCUCUGCCACGUCGGCCUCCCCGGAUAAAGUCCUCAGCACCCACGCCUCCCUGCUGGCCGACAACAGCGCUAGCUUGGCCUUCAGCCUGUACCAGCGCGUGGCCCAGGAGAAGGACACAGAGAACAUCCUGAUCUCCCCGGUGGUUGUGGCCUCCGCCCUGGGCCUGGUUGCCCUGGGGGGCAAGGCCUCCACCGCCUCCCAGGUGAAGAGCCUGCUGAAGGCCGACAAGCUGAAGGACGAGCAGCUUCACGCGGGCCUGGGGGAGCUGCUGAGCGAGGUGAGCGACCCCGCCGCCCGCAACGUCACCUGGAAGAUCCGCAGCCGCCUGUACGGGCCCAGCUCCAUCACCUUCACCGAAAGCUUCCUGAAGAAGAGCAAGAAGCUCUACAACUGCGAGCACUCCAAGAUCAACUUCAAGGACAAGAAGAGCGCCAUGAAGGCCAUCAACGAGUGGGGGGUCAAAUCCACGGACGGUAAACUGCCUGAGGUCGCCAAGAACGUGGAGAAGACAGACGGGGCGAUGAUCAUCAACGCUAUGUUUUUCAAACCCCACUGGAAUGAACAGUUCCAUCCGAAGAUGGUGGACGGCCGUGUAUUCUUGGCGUCCCGUGGCUUAACCAUUUCAGUGGAGAUGAUGCACCGCACAGGCCUGUAUGACUACUACGAGGAUGUGGACAACAAGCUAACGGUGCUGAGCAUUCCCCUGGCCCAUAAGAAGUCCUCGGUGGUCUUCGUCAUGCCCCUUCACGUGGAGCCCCUGGAGAGAGUGGAGAAGCUGCUGUCCGGGAAACAGCUGGACACCUGGGUGGCCAAGAUGGAGGAGAAGGCUGUGGCCGUGUCCCUGCCCAAAAUCAGCAUGGAAGUCAGCCACAACCUGCAGAAACACCUUGGAGAACUUGGUCUGACGGACGCCGUGGACAAGGCCAAGGCGGACCUGUCCAACAUCUCGGGGAAGAAGGACCUCUACCUGGCCAACGUCUUCCACGCCUCGGCCGUGGAGUGGGCAACAGAGGGGAACCCCAUCGACCCCACGGUCUACAGCUCGGACAAGCUGAAGAACCCCAAACUCUUCUACGCUGACCACCCCUUUCUAUUCCUGGUGAAGGACCUCAAGACCAAGUCCAUCCUCUACAUGGGCAGGAUGGUCCGGCCUAAGGGAGACAAGAUAAGGGAUGAGUUAUAGCUUAUUGCCGUGACUGCAGUUCCCCCAUUUUGAUUCUGUGUUUUGGUUUGUCUAACUAUGUGUUUGUUUGUGUGUUUGUGUGUGUGUGUGUGUGUGUGUGUGUGUGUGUGUGUGUGUGUGUGUGUGUGUGUGUGUGUGUGUGUGUGUGUGUGUGUGUGUGUGUGUGUGUGUGUGCAUGUGCGUGUUUGUGUGUGUGUCUGAGUGAGUGCGUGGGAUUAUGUAUGCACAUGUUUAAUUUGUAGUGCAAAAUUCACACCCUUUUGUUUUAGAUUUGAUGCAUUCCUUUAACCUGUCGCGAUUCCAAUUUAAAAGUGUAUGAGCAAAAUUUUGUGCACAAUCUUAUGUUGAAACACCGCUGAAUUAUCUUGCAGCGCUUUCUGCAUCACAUGCAGCAGGAAUUUUCUUUUGUUGAACAAGAUAGAUAGAAUACAAAAUGAAUGCUUAUAUUAAGUAUAAUCUCCUGAAUAAGGGACUUGAAUAUGUGGUUUUUGGGAGUUCAAUUGGCUGAAAUUAAUAUUCAAGAUAUAAGUAGGCGAUCACAAAAGGCGAAUUGACUUGAACUAAGCGAAAAUA